UAACCUCUCUUAGAUGAUUGCCCAGUUCAUAUGUUUACAAUCCAAGUAAUACAACCCUCAAAAUCACCAACAUAUACUCAGGCUGCUCAGCAGCACCUAUAACAUUAGCAAUAUCUAUUAUUUAAAUUAGAGGAUCUAUAAACUAAGGAUGUCUGCUUUACAGGUCAUUGCAUCCAGCCAAAAUUCCGUUUCAAGCCACAGAAAGUUGUGCAACAAAUUGUUCGCUUUACGGCUGCAAGAUACCUUUUUACAGGAUAUUUUUCAAUCUAUAAAUAUUGUUUUAACAAUAAAAAAAGGAAAUACCAAUGCUGAUCGCGUGCUUCGGUUUAUAGUCACGUUCAUUAACUAUCUUCAACAGAAGGAUCCUGAGACUGACAUUGCUCAACCAGUUCUGAAACAUGUGCUAAAAGGAUUGGAUGCGAAAGAUAAAACGGUAAGAUUUCGUAGCUGUCAGGUUGUAGCCAGAGUCAUCAAUUCCGUGAAAGAAAUUGAUGAUGACAUCUAUAGCAUACUUCGUGAGAAAUUACUCGACCGUGUAGUAGACAGAGAAGCAUUUGUCAGAUUGGAGGCUGUCAUUGCACUCUCUCGUCUUCAAGAAGAUACACAAGAGGAGGAAAACGAUGUUCGUAACAUGCUGUUAUUUUUAUUACAAAAUGAUCCCAGCCCUGAUGUUCGAAGAGCUGUUUUACUGAAUAUUGAAGUAAGUAAAGCUACUUUACCAUUUAUUCUUGAGCGUGCCAGAGAUGUUGAUGCCACUAAUCGAAAGUGCGUCUACUCUAAAGUCAUUCCUAAAAUUGGUGACUUUCGGUAUCUCAGUAUCAAAAAACGAGUUCGUAUUUUAAAAUGGGGUAUGAAUGAUAGAGACGAUAGUGUUCAACAGGCAGCCGCCAAUAUGCUUGCCUAUCAGUGGAUUGAAAGCGCAGAUAAUAAUUUGCUGGAAUUGUUAGAGCGUUUGGAUGUCGUCCAAAAUUCAGAAGUUGCUAAUUUAGCAAUAAAAUGUUUUUUUACAACUCGUCUGGAAACGCUCACCGAAAUUGAAUUUCCGGAUCAAUUUUGGUUAGAAUUAACGGCAGAGUCUGCUCUUCUUGCCAGAUCUUUUAGUGAGGUUUGUGCUGAAAAAAACUUUGGAGAACUUGCAGAAAAAAUACCUGAAGUAAGUCAAUUGACUUUUUUUAUUGAAAAACAAUACGUCGCUUUGCGAGACAGAUCUACAUACGAGGAGGCUUCAUUUAUCAUUGAACAGUUGCUGCUUAUUGCUUUGAAUCAAGAUAUGGCUGAUGAAAUCGGAAGACGUAAAUUAUUAAAAAGUUUAACUAAUAGUCUUUCCACUUCGUUGCUUAGUGAAAAUUUAAUAUCUCUUCACGUGGAAUUACUAAAAAAACUCUGUUCUACCGAAACCGAUUUUUGCUCACUACUGGUGGAAAUUAUUACCGAUAUGUUCGAACAGGGGCAUCUUGAUCCUACUAAGGAAUCACUUGAGGAGGCUCCGCCUCAAUCAUCUCAGGAAAAAGAAAAAGAUACUGCUUCUUCUCCAUCACCGUCCAACAUGGAAGAAGAUGGGGCUAAUGAGGAAACUGAAGAAUAUAAGGAGGCAUUUAAUGAAAUUAGGUGCCUUUCUUAUGUGCAAGCUUUAUUCGAAAAUAUAUCUUCUCCACUAAAUGAAAACCUGUAUGUCGUCGAUUUAUUGAAGUCUUUAAUUAUUCCUGCUGUAAAGUCGCACGACCUCCCGAUUCGCGAAAAAGGUCUGGAGUGUUUGAGUUUAGUUUGUCUCCUAAAUAGCGAUUUGGCUUAUGAAAAUAUUGCAUUAUAUUUACACUGUUUUGAAAAAGGAACAGACAAUUUAAAAAUAAUCGCUCUUCGAACCCUAACUGAUAUCUUUCUUCAACAUGGCAAGGAGCGCUUUUCCGCUUUUGAUGAGCAGUUUUCGUCCUUGCUUCUUGAAAGUCUUUUUAAUAUUGACGAACCUGAAUUGCAAACCCUUAGUGCUGAAGCAAUCGCGAAGCUCUUGGUGAUUGUUCAUUAUAGAGACGAGGUGUUCCUUAAACCUUUAAUAAUUCAGUAUUUUGAACCAAAUACCGUUGAAAACUAUGCUUUGCGUCAGGUGUUGGGUUACUUCUUUCCAGUAUAUGUAUAUGGAUUACCUGAAAAUCAGUGGAAAGUUGUAGAGGUAUUUUGCGAUACUCUAUUGAAUUUACUAGAAGUGUACCGUGAUAUAGAUGAAGAUGAUCUUCAAUUGUCAACUUCCCAAAUUGCUUUGCAAAUGCUUGACUGGACGGAUAAUGAGAAACUCUUUGAGAAGAAAGUUAAUAGUGAAUCCUCUACGGCAAAUCAAAAGAUUCAUUUACAAUUGGCGAACAAUAUAUUUGAAAGCUUGCCUCGUGCAUCCGAAGGAAAGGAACGAAAACUUAUAGUUUCUUUGCUUGGGAAGCUAAACAUUCCUGACACUUUGCCUUCUGAGGACUUCAGCAAAUCGAUUAGGAAAUUACAAACAUUCGAGAACUAUGGCUUGACGCUAGAUUCCUCUAGCAUGAAUAUCUUAUCAAAGUUUGAUACAAUGUUAAGAAAUAAAGAGGAAGCGGCGCGUGAAAGAGAAGAACAGGAAGAAAAGAGCGACGAAGAUGAAGAACAACCAGAAGAGGUGAACGAAUGUAAAGAAACUGAAGAGAAGGAAGAAGAACCUGCUCCUAACAAUGACUUUAAUCAUGAAAAAAUAAGUCAGGAUCACUCAAUGACAAUUGAUAGUGAUGAAGAUAUAAACGUUAAACAGGAAGAGGAUUAAUACACAACCAUCUAAGAAGUUUUACAGCUUAGAUUACAAGUAAGUUCGCUCUGUUAUUUAUUGUUUAAUUAAAUUUUUGGGUUAUUGUUUAUCUAUAAAAGUACUUUUCGAAAAAAAAUCCAAUUCAUGUUUUAUGUGUGAA